AUGUGGUUGCCUUACUCUCUGGACCCCUGCCUUGUCUCCGUGCUGUCAAAAUACAGCGAGUUUCCUUCCUCCUCUUCCUCACCGUCUUCAGCAGAGGCGGCGCCGUGCGCCGCCAGCACCGCCGCGGAGCUUGCAGGCCCUGCAUCGCCUUCGCUCCGCGUCCUCAUUUUGUUUGGAUCCACGGGGGGCACCUCCGCCGCCGUCGCCUUCUCUCUCUUUCAGUCCCUACGCGACAGUCUUCUCCAGGCGAACGAUCCGAAGGGCGAUGCGUCUCUUCCGCUGGAGCCCCGCCAGCAGCCGCGCGGCGAGCCACGAAAUGAGGAAAACAGCUGCGGCGAAUCGCGCGGGGAAGGAGUGCUCCGCCAGGAUGGAAGCGCCCCGCACGCAGAGGCUCGCGUCUGCGGGAAGAAAAUGACGCGCGGAAAGGGUUCUGCAGCGAGUAAACGGGGGGACGGCGCGGCUUUUGGUGAAGGCGCGCGAGCUGCUGAACAGGCUCUCAAACGCGCAGAGGCGAGGCAAGCAGAGUUAAAAAACGCGGGCGCGGAUGCAGCGUCGGAUUCUGCUGCAAAGAGCCCGCGGUUUCUCGAUUCCGCCUGCGCUGGGGACGUUGAGCUCUACAUCCAGUCGACGCAGUUUUUCUCGUUUGAUGACCUCCUCGCCAUAGCUGAAAGCAGAGUCGCGCCUCCGCAGGCCUCGCGGCUGCCGCGUGGAGGCACCGAAGCGUCACGAGGAAAUGAGAACGCAGAAGCGCUGAGGGACUCGGCUUCGAAUUCUUCGAGUCAAAAUGCCUCGCAGAGGGCGACCCGCCUCGGUCCAGCUUCGCCCGACUGUGCUUCAGGCUCGCUGUCUCGCCCUGUGCGCCUCAUUCUCCUCUUCUGCGUGUCCACGGCCUCGCAGGGGUCUCCGCCCCCCGCGGCGGCGGCGUUCUUCGCUGACGCCGAGGAGGCCGCGGCAGACUUCCGCGUUGGGCGAAACGUGCUUUCUUCUUGUUUCGUGGCUGGCGUCGGCUGCGGAAGCAGCGACUACCCUCCCUCGACGUUCUGCCGCCCAGCAAAGAAGCUCUUUAAACUCCUCACGACUCAGCUCGGCGCCAGGCCCCUCGCGCUCGUCCCGGUGUCUCUAGAGGCGGCUGCGGCCCCCGGGGCUGCUGCUGCUGCGGCGCCGCUCGCCUCCGCGUCCUCGCUGCUUCUGCUGUCUGACACGCAGUCAAACUCCUCUCUCGAGAUGAAGACCCUGAAGUGGACUCGAGAGAUGCUCCAGCGCGCGGCAACCAUCCGCCAGGCGCCGCCUGGGCAGGCCGAGCGCCUCGCCGAGCGCGCCGCCAGCGAGGAGGCGCGGCAGAAGGGACGGCAGAAGGCGAGAGCCGAAGCGCGGGCGUCUCUUUCGCUGGCGCCUGGGGAGAAAGAAAACGUGAACGCGCCGGAGCAUUCAUCGAGCUCGUCGUCGUCCGACUCCGAGGGCUCAAGCGACUACAGCGAAUCGUCGUCCCCAUCCUCGGCGUCCUCCUCUGCAGACGAAGAGGAGCCCGACGCGGGCGCAGGCUGGCAGACGCCGGACUCACCCUUUGCGGGCGGCGGGGCGACGGCAGGCGCCUGCGGGGCGGAAGCCGACGACCUGGAAGACGUGAUUCCGUGCGGCGCGGAGGGGGGAGACGAGGCCCUCGCGCCGGAAGCAGCGGGACAGGCCGGCGCGCGAGGCGCCAGGAACGGGCUCAGCGGAGGCGACCCGGGGGGCCGCAGCCCCGCGGGGGGUUCUUACGGGGUGUCGUCGGGGGGGCCGGCGACGGGGCGCGAGAAGGGGCGGCUCGACAAGCGGAAGAAGAUGGUAUCUGAGAAGCAGGCGAUGCAGCUAAAGAAGGAGGGCUACAAGCUGAUUGGCUCGCAUUCCGCAGUGAAGCUUUGCAGGUGGACGAAAUCGCAGCUGCGAGGCCGCGGCGGCUGCUACAAACACACGUUUUACGGCAUCACCUCUUCGCAGUGCAUGGAACUGACUCCCUCGCUCGCCUGCGCGAACAAAUGCGUCUUCUGCUGGCGCCACCACAAAAACCCUGUGGGCACUUCCUGGCGCUGGCAGCAGGACAGCCCAGAUUUCAUCGUCGAGCAAGGCCUGAAGAAACACUUCGAGGCCGUCAAAGUCCUCAAGGGAAUGGCUGAGGUGAAGGAAGAUCGCCUCGCCUCUGCGCGCGCCGAAGUCCGGCACUGUGCGCUGUCGUUGGUUGGCGAGCCGAUCAUGUAUCCGCGCAUCUCCGAGCUCGUGCAGAACUUGCAUCAGCAGCACAUCUCAACCUUCCUGGUCACGAACGCUCAGUUCCCCGACGCUCUGCAGACGCUUCCGCCGGUCACGCAGCUCUAUCUCUCUGUCGACGCCGCGAACGCCGCGGAUCUGAAGCGCCUCGACCAGCCGCUCUUUGCAGACUACUGGGAGCGUUUUCUUUCGUGUCUGGAGCUGCUCAAGGAGAAGCGGCAGCGGACGGUUUAUCGCCUCACUCUCGUCGGGGGUUACAACAUGGAAGAUCCGACGGCAGGGGACUCCGCAGCCGAGUCGUCCUGCCACGGCUCCGAGUCCCUCGCUGAGGGCACAGGUGCCGCGUCUUGCAGCUGCCGUGUACCCCCUCCGCAGGCCUCCAGCACAGAGGCAUCGACAGGCGAACACGGGCCGCGCGAAGACGCUGAGCGCAUACCGGCCGGCACGCACUCCCGGAGAAAGGCACCUGGCGAGUCUCUAACGGAUCGCUCAGCAGCUGCGUACGCGAAUCUCGUUCUCAGAGGUUCGCCAGAUUUAGUUGAAGUCAAAGCCGUCACAUACGCUGGCACCUCCAAGCAUUCAAAGUUGACGAUGCAAAACAUUCCCUGGCAUGAGCAGGUCGUUACGUUCUGCAAGGCCCUCUGCGACGCUCUCCCGGCGGGCGAGUACGCGAUCGCCUGCGAGCAUCGGCACUCCUGCUGCGUCCUCAUCGCGAAAACUUCAUAUCGGCGGAACGGUGUCUGGCACACCUGGAUCGACUACGAUAAAUUUUACGAGCUCGCAAACAGCGGUAAUACAGAGUUCUCGGGGCUCGACUACUGCGCGCCGACGCCCUCCUGGGCUGUGUACGGAAGCGUGGAAGCGGGCUUCAGUCCAUUUGAGACGCGUGUCUUCUCCAAGGGCAAGCAGAAGCGCGCGCUCCGCGAUCAGGGCCAGAUGCGCUCAGGCGACGCGUCGGGCGCUAACGGCAAUGACGACGCAGCCAAAAACGUCGCUGUUGAGGAGUGA